AUGUAAUCACCAAAUUCAACUUAUUCUAAUUUUUAGAAAAAAAACUCUUUUUUAAACCCAAGUGAAAAUAAUAGAUAUUCAAAUUUAUAAAAUUCAAUAUGUAAUAUAAAUAAUUCCCAAUAAAAUCCUGAUAAUACCUUUAAUUUUGAAAAUAAAUAGACUAAUAGUUUCUUUAAUAAAAAUAAUAAUAAUAAUAAUGUAAAUAUUUCUUGUGAAUAAAAAAACUGUAAUAAUUCAUAUUUUUCAACUUAUUCAUAAACCUAGUAAUAAUUCUAUGGUUAUGAUAGAAAUAUAUUAAAUUUAACAAAUAAUUUAAAUAUAUAAAAUCAAACAAUAUACCUUUUUGAACCUGAAAAUGCAAAUAAUUUGCCAAAAACAACAAUCAAUCCAAAUCCUUCUUACAAUUUUACUGAUUUUACAGAAACUUUAAAUAGUAUUUAAUAGACAUUUAACUCUCAAUAAGCUAAGAAAAAUCCUAAUUUUAACCAUAAUUAUUUAUCACCAAAAAACAACACUUAAAUUAAUAAUCCCAAAACUUUGAAAAAAGACAACUGUUUACCUUCAAACAUAUAAUAAUUCGAAUCUAAGAUAUGUAUUUUAAAGGCUUUUGAAUAAUCUAAUUCUGAAAAAGAUAUAACUAUUCCUUCUUAAAAAGUUUAAUUUUCAAAAACAAAUAUUAAUAACUAAUAUAACUUUUCCUUUUCAAAUAUUUUAAAAGACCAAAAACAAUAAUCUUCAGAAAAAUCAAAAGACAAGCAAAAAUAAUAAGAAUGUUCAGAAGUGCUAAAAAGCCGAUUUCAACAAAUAGUGCAUUAUGAAGAAUUUCCAUAUUCAUUUAUUAAUACAAAUAUAUGGAAAAUAUAAAAUUUUUAGAUAGGAAAAUGUUUAGGAAGAGGUCGUUUUGGAAGUGUAUAUUUAUCAAGACAUAAACCUACAAAUAUGCUUUUGGCAAUAAAACAAAUAAGUAAAAAAAAUAUAAUAUAAAGUGGAAUGGAAAAACAACUAUAAUAAGAAAUAAAAAUACAGUCUUUCUUAACCCAUCCUAAUAUAUUAAAAAUGUAUGGUUUUUUUAGUGAUGAGACAAAUGUGUAUUUAUUAUUAGAAUUAUCAUCUCAUGGAAAUAUAUAAAAAGAAAUAAAAAACUAAAAAGUUUUAGAUGAAUAAAAAGCGGCUAUUUAUAUCCGCUAAAUUUGCGAAGGAUUAACAUUUUGCCAUUAAUAAGGAAUUAUACAUAGGGAUGUUAAACCUGAAAAUAUUCUUAAUUGUUUCAGAGUUCUAAAAAUAAGUGAUUUUGGAUGGUCAAUUUAUACUGAAGAAAAAAGGAUGACUUUUUGCGGAACUUUAGAUUAUGUUUCGCCUGAAGUUGUAUAAGGAAAAGAUUAUGAUUUCAAGGUUGAUGUAUGGAGUAUUGGAAUUUUAACCUAUGAAAUGCUUGUGGGUAUUAUUUAUAUUUAUGACAAUAAUUAAUUAUUUUAUUAUUUAAAGUAUGAUAUGCCAUUCUAUUUAAGUUAUGAAUCUUAAGAUUUUAUAAAAUAAUUACUAGUCGAAGAUCCUAAUAAAAGAAUUUCAAUAGAAGAUGUGCUUAAACAUUAAUGGAUUAUUAAAAAUACGAAUAAUUGUUUACAAGAUUGGGAUAGAAAUGUAAGUGAAUAAUGCUUAAAUAUUUUUAAAUGA